GGAAGGAGUGGGGCUUGGGUUUUUGGGGUUUGGUUUUUUCCUUCUGUGGUGUGUAUGGGAGGGAUACAGGCUUAGAACAGAGGAGAACAUAGCAUUUCCUCUCUGCCCCCUCCUCUGUAACCCUGCCUUUAUAUAGCAUAGCGCGAGGGCUCUUACCGUUUGAUGCAGUGACGUACAGAAACAGCCUUUGAAAGGACUUGCCAUUUCCUCUCCUCAUCAACAGUCGCUCCUACGGAGCUGUAGUGGCUUCUACAUUAUCCUGUUCCUGGGUACAAAGUCACCUCUGUUGCAUUUAGAAUGUGGCAUGUUUCAGAGCAGAGUUCCUUUGAGGCCACUUAAAACCCGUUUGGAUGGUCACAGCCUGGGUUAGUAGCACAGGAACAGCUACGUGAGCGAGCCAGCCCCAUCGUGAAAUGAAGCGCUUUCGGCAGAGGAGGCUCUGUAGCUGCCACGCUGUUGCUGGGCUCUGAUCUGCUAGUUGCUGCCUUUGCUGCCUUUGCUCUUCCACAGCUGUUGGUGCAGCGGUGCUGCAGAGCACGCCAGAGGCGGUCAGUGAUCUCGGGGCAUGUGAAUCGUAGUGCAGAGCACGGAGCAGAGAGAACUUGGUGGUGGUGGUUUAUUUUUUCUUUAAACCACUCUAAUCUCAGGUUUUGCCCACUUGCCUAAGCAAUAAAAUACACGUGGGGUAACUUGUGGGGUGUUUUUUCUCAUGAAUGACACCAGAAUCUCUGGUUUGGUUAUAAAAUGGCUGUUAGAGUGCCAGGUUACAGGAACGGGGAUGAAAAUUUGGACUUCUGAAGUUCACAGAAGAAACAAUACCUGGUUUAGACAUUCUCCUGCAGUGGAAAAAGCGUGCAGCCGAGAUGCCUGGCACCGCCAUAAUUAAUGUCCCUUUUGUCUGUGGGAGGAGGAGAAUUGCAGAGAAAGCCGGUUUGUCAGAGCACCAGCCCGCUUGAUCUGGUCUGCGGCGGGACGCUUCGCUAGCGGGGCAAGUGCUCUGCCUUGGAUCUGAGUGACUGCUUUUCGUCUUUGCUUCCUGUGGUUUCUCUCUGUGGAGCCCUGCAGCGUGUCUGGCGGGGCAGUUUGCUCUGGCGUUCGAAGCCUACACAGGAGAGCUCAGCACUGACCUCGUAGCUGUGAGGACUCUGGAGGGGGUGGUGGACUCAUACCCCGCUUUCACGUGAGAGAUGAUGAUCUGAGCUCUGCACCGGUUUCCAUCUAAACGUACCGAGCACAGAUGUCCGAACCGCAGACUUCACCCCACUUAACGUGGCUCAGUUGUGUCGCCUUAGCUCUCACCCACUUGAGAUGAAAUGAAACUCGGGAACCUCCUGAGGUAAGGGAUGGCUUAAGGCUUUUACCCGGGUUGGAUAUCCCUACGCUCCAGCAGAAAUCAUGACAGAUAUUUCCUGGGCCGAAGGAGUCUCCAACGAGACAGUUACCGAUGCCAGUUCAGAAUUCAGCUUGGAAGCAGAGUUCCAGUAUUCCUUGUUUACUGUCAUCUACAGCAUUGUCUUCGUGCUGGGACUGAUAGAAAACGCCUUAGCUCUGUACUGCCUGUCCUGCAGAGUACAGCACUCUUCUCACUCCUACGUGUACAUGAUUAACCUCGCUCUGGUAGACACCCUGUUUGUUUGUGUGUUGCCUUUUAAAAUCCACUACCACCUGAAUCGGAACAACUGGAUCUUUGGUGACAUGGCUUGUAGGAUAACUGGGACCUUGUACUAUAUCAACAUCUAUCUAAGCAUCGCCUUUUUCACCUGCAUCUGUGUCGACCGUUACAUUGCAGUGUUGCACCCCUUCACGUACAUCCAGAUCAAGGUCGUCCAUUACAUGAUGGUGGUCACAGCCCUUUGGGUGGUGGCUCUAAGUGUCAUGGUUCCACUUAUCCUCGGAGGUCCCCUCCACAACAGUGGUGUGAGGAACACAACAGCCUGUUUUGAGAACUUUGCUUCAAGAAGCUGGGCUUAUCGCAUGGCGCCGUACAACAUCCUGGCCUUAGUUUUUGGGUUUGUGAUCCCAUUUUCCAUCAUCCUGAUCAGCUACCCUCUCAUUGCCAAGAGGAUCUGCCAGAUCAAACACAGCGUUCGCAAGAGGAAGGCCCUGAGCACCAUCUACAUCAUCCUGGUCAUUUGUACUUUGUGCUUUCUCCCAUAUCAUCUCACUCACUUGCUCCACUUUUUAAUGAGAAUCCAGGUCAUCCAGAAUCCGUCGUUUACCAACUUGAUCUACAAAAUGCGAAGGGUCACCUUAGCCCUCGUGAGUCUCAACUGUUGCCUUAACCCGCUCUUGUACUACUUCACCUCUUCCAGCAGGCAGUGGCACUUCAACUUCAAGCUCAGAUUCAGGUCUAAGACAGUGUACACGAUCUGCGACCAGAAGUUCGGGGAGUGCUCCUAUGUUUAUAAGCUACAACAGAGACCCAGAAGUAAAAAACACAGCGAUGGAAUCAACUGAGCCACUUCACAACCACACAGCUUCUGAGAACUGCUGCCUUUUCCACCCUGCGACAUAUGAGACUUCGGAGAGAAUUUAUCAUUUGUGGGUUAUCAGUCACCAGACGAGCACUGGCCUGGCUGCCAAACCUGCUUAAAAGCCACCGGUUUCCUGAACAGGAUGCGAUUUUUUAGUAACAGAUACAUAGACUCACUGUUCUGUUCCUUCCCACCCCAUGCUUUAUAAAGCGUGCACAGGCGCUAGGCCUGUAGGCGUGCGAGACUACUGAGCAGGUGAGAAUAGAAGGGAGAUUGUCACGGGCUUGGUUACCAGGGAACGAGGUGUGCCUGGCUGCGGCAAUGUGCUAACUUGGUAUUUCCCAAUGUGCAAGAUGCAGGUUAAGAGGGGGGCGCUUUGCCCUGGCAGGCAGGUGGCCGGGGCUCCCAGGUCACGCAGCGCUGUUGGCCUCGGAACAAGCGCUGCCUUAACCGUGAAGGAGGGAGGGAGUAGGCUUAGCGAGGCAGAACGGUGCGGGGAGGUAAAUGAGCGUCUCUGAUUAGCGGCUUCUCUUUGCACAACGAUGGACGUUGCAGCUUCUGCCCAUAUUCAGCCGACUUUAAUUGGCUUUAAACUGAAGGACCUGGGGGGUGGGAUCUGUUGCGAAAACGCUCACACCAGCACGUCCGACGGGGAGUAAGUCAGGCCAAGCAGUGUGGCACCAAAGGUUCCUUAGCUGGCUCCCAAGAGGCGAAACAGAAGAGUAAUCGCCUCACGUGUAGGUACACGAAUGCCCGCAGUCUAGGUACCAACCAGGAGGAACUGGAGCUCCGUGCCCGCUCAGAAGGGUACGACAUCAUAGGAGUAACUGAAACAUGGUGGGACACCCCAAACGACUGGGGGAUUGCAAUGGAUGGGUACAAGGGGGGAUGGACACAAGUUGCUCUUGGGGAGGUUCCGAUUGGACACGAGAGGGACAUUUUUCACAGUGAGGACGGUCACCACUGGAAUAAUCUCCCCAGGGAAGGGGUUGGCUCGGCCGCGUUGGACCUCCAAGAGUCACUGGACAGGGUGCUGGGCCGUCUUGUCUAGGCUGGGCUCUGCCCAGAAAGGUUGGGCUAGAUGAUCCCUGAGGUCCCUUCCAGCCUGGGGUUCUGGGAUUUUCUGAUGGCAGCUGAUGCCACAGCCUGGUUGCAGACAGGAGGUAAGCGGUUUGGAGAAUAAGCAGUGUGGGUGU